GUGGGUGGGUUUCUCUGCAACGCCUGGUUCUUCAUCUCCCAUUCGGAGCGAAUGGUGUGGGUGGGCCAGCACCUGGGAUUCAAAGGCAACCAGGUGGGAUGUGUGAACGGCAUGUUCUUUCCACACACACAGGCGGAGGUGAGCCACCUUUCCAUUCCAGGGCAGGGAUUUGCUUCCCACCAUUGCCUGCUGUGUGCAAGGAGGACUCGUUUCCUUCAAGAAGGACUUCUUGACCCAUGUUGCUGCACAGGUUGACCUUGGGUUUCGGCCCUUGCUCAGAGAUGGGCGUCGGGAUCCCCGUUCUCUUCCUGGGGUUCCUCCUGCUCUGGGAGACCCUCCCCACGGCGUCAGGAGAUCUGGGGAUAUGCAUCCUCCCUCCCGACCCGGGCAUCUGCUUCAUCCUCCAGCAGCGCUGGUACUUCCACUUCAAGAAGAAGGAGUGCCUGCCCUUCACUUGGGGGGGAUGCUGGGCCAACGAGAACAACUUCAUCAGCCGCAAAGCCUGCGUGGACGCCUGUGGCCGCUACGGAUAAUGACGAGGCCUUGGGAGAACACCUGAGAGAAGUGUGGGCCACCUGGACCCAGGGGAAGCGCCUCUGGUGGGUCCACACUAGAGGUCUUCUCUGAAUAAAGGCCGCCUGCGUUUCCUUGCCA